AUGGAUAAUUAUAGAAACAUUUCAGAAUUCAUCCUUCUUGGAUUUUCAUAUGGGCAGAAUAUACAGAUUUUUUGUUUUAUUCUCUUUAUAUUUUGCUAUGUUGCCCUUUUGGGAGGAAACUUUUUGAUCAUUAUCUCUGUUCAAUGUAGCCCUCUGUUUAACCAGCCCAUGUAUUAUUUCCUUGUCCACUUAUCGACCAUAGACAUAUGCUAUACAUCCACUGUUACACCCAAAUUAAUUUCUGAUAUGUUAGCAGAAAGAAAGACGAUAUCCUAUGGUAACUGCAUGUUACAGGUCCUUACCAUGCACUUCUUCGGAGGUACUGAGAUCUUCAUUCUUACUGCCAUGGCUUAUGACCGCUAUGUUGCCAUCUGCAAACCCCUCCACUACAUGCUUAUCAUGAACAGAACAAGGUGCAACCUCCUUGUCCUAGCUGCCUGGAGUGGUGGGUUUAUUCAUGCCUUUCCUCUUUUCACUACAGCAAUCAACUUGCCAUUCUGUGGCCCUAAUGAAAUCGAUCACUAUUUCUGUGAUGUCUUCCCCUUGCUUAAAGUUGCCUGUACUGACACGUAUAUCACUGGUGUUCUUGUAAUUGCCUUUUCAGGUAUGGUGGCCUUAAUUACUUUUGUUGUCUUAUCUCUUUCUUAUGGAAUUAUAUUAUUCACUUUAAGAAACCAGUCUGCUGAGGGGAAACGCAAAGCUCUUUCUACCUGUUGGUCUCAUAUCACAGUGGUUGUCCUGUUUUUUGGACCUGUCAUUUUUAUCUACCUUAGACCUCCUACCACUUUUCCUGAAGACAAAAUAUUUGCACUGUUUUACACUAUCAUUGCUCCGAUGUUUAAUCCCCUAAUCUAUACUCUGAGAAAUACUGAGAUGAAAAACACACUAAGAAAAGUUUGGUGUCAAGCUUUCUUUUCUAAAGAGGUCUUCAAUUAG